ACUAACGAUGUCUUUGAUUGAAAACUCAUGUCUAGAACCAGAAUCCAAAACAGCAACAUUAAUCUGCGGUCACUUCUUCGUCCGUUACGGAAUCUGCUGUAACUGCAGAUCGACGGUAGACAGAGACUACGGCCGAGCAUUCGAUUAUCUCGUCCAUGGGUUACAAUUAAGCCAUAAAGCCGUUGCGGUUACAAAGAGCCUUACUACACAACUCGCUUGCCUUAACGAGAGAAAGCUUCAUCUAGUCCUUGACUUGGACCACACGCUUCUCCAUUCUAUUAUGAUUUCACGGCUUUCCGAAGGAGAGAAGUAUCUAUUGGGAGAGUCAGAUUUUAGGGAAGAUCUUUGGACACUUGACAGAGAGAUGCUGAUAAAACUUCGACCUUUUGUUCACGAGUUUCUGAAAGAAGCCAACGAGAUUUUCUCCAUGUAUGUCUACACGAUGGGGAAUCGUGACUACGCUCAGGCUGUGCUGAAAUGGAUUGAUCCGAAGAAAGUAUACUUUGGGGAUAGAGUCAUUACCAGAGACGAGAGUGGUUUUUCGAAGACGCUUGAUCUUGUGUUGGCUGAUGAGUGUGGAGUUGUGAUUGUGGAUGACACUCGUCAUGUUUGGCCUGAUCAUGAGAGGAAUCUGCUACAGAUUACCAAGUACAGUUACUUCAGAGAUUAUAGUCAUGAUAAGGAGUCAAAAUCUUACGCAGAGGAGAAGAGAGACGAGAGUAGGAACCAGGGAUCAUUGGCGAAUGUUUUGAAAGUUCUCAAGGAUGUUCACCAAGAAUUUUUCAGAGGCGGAAUUGAGGAAUUAGAUUCAAAGGACGUGAGGCUGUUGCUACAAGAACAACACAUAGCAGUUUCAAUCAAAAUUUGCUCCCAAAACCUAAGCCAUCAGAAACAAAUGUCCCCUUUUAUAUCAGGAAGCAACAAACAUGAAAAUGUUAAGUUUUACAAGUCCCAAUCAAUGGAGUUAGAUACUAUCACAGGUACUGGAAGUAGAGUGUAUUCAUCAUCCGAGGAACAUUGCUUGGUUUGCACUUGAUAGAUGUCGAAGAUUCCAUAUGGUAAAAUGUGGCAGAUGCUAGUUCGAAAAUACAUUUACUGUUAAUAUCUUGACGUAUGUACAUAAGUUUACGCAAACAUAAGUAGAGUAGAUACUUGUGUAAUAGUGGUUGAGAAAUUUUAAAAGUUGUGUUUAAUAUAUCAUCUUGCAUCUCAUCAAAGGAAAGAC